AGCCCAACCCAUCUAUGGGAUGAGAGAAAAAGAGAAACUACAAUCCAAGCACCUUUAGGAGUUACAACCCCCAGUGUCCUACUUUACAGCAGCUACAACCACAACAUCUUCCUCUGCAGAUCUCCGUACCCCGUGUUCUCCUCUACAGCAGCUUCACAUGAUGAUCCAGGAGAAGGGGAGAGUCACCAGCCUAUGGCUGCAGACUGUUGCUCUUCUGUGGAAGAAUGUUCUUCUGAAAUGGAGGAGGAAGUGGCACACCAGUUUGGAAUGGCUCCAGCACUUGGCAUUUGUUUUCCUCUUAUUCAUCUUAACCUUCGUUCUGGGGGACAAGUCGAUGGACGAGAUGGCGCCAGCCACAUACUAUGGGCUCGUGAAUGAUCUUAACAUCACACAUGAAGUCAUUUACUACAGGCAGGAAUCAGCGGCCACCCACAGGAUCAUGGAGAAAGUGAUGGAGAGCGGCAGAAUACCAGGACUCACCAUUGAGGGAUUCUCCAGUGAGACAGAAAUGCAAAAGAACUUGUCUGAAGACACAAUUAUGGUGACGUUUGAGAAUGAAUUUACAUAUUCUAUCGUCUACCAAAAAUAUAAUAUACCCACUGCUAAUGACUACCUAGUCGAUAAAGAUUUCUGCCAUGAUGACUAUCGGUGCUCUCCGCUUUUGUACUGGAGCAAUGGGUUCCUAAUGCUACAGGCCGCUAUCGAUGCCGCCAUUAUCGAGGUGAACACGAAUCACUCGGUGUGGGACAUUCUGCUCUCCACUGAGGUGGUGAAGAUGAGGUUCGGCAGUGGGAUAUUACGGUCGAUCCUGUUGAUAGGCAUCUUCAUUCUGAGCAUGUGCAUGUGUUACAUCUCCCUCUCCUACCUGCUGACACUUUACAUCGCCAAGGAAAGAAAAGAGAAGAGAGAGAUCAUGAAGAUAAUGGGGCUCCGAGACCUGGCCUUCUGGUUAUCGUGGGGAUUGCUCUACGCGGUUUAUGUCCUGAUUAUCGCAAAUCUGAUGACUCUUGUCACAACCACAUAUGUCUUUAAGAGAAGUUCCUAUGGAGUUAUCCUGCUUCUGUUCUUCCUCUAUGGGAUAUCAAUGAUCUUCUUCACUUUCAUGCUGUGUGCUCUGCUCAGGAAGCCGCGACUAGUCGCCAUCACAGGAUUCUUUAUCACCCUGGUCCUUUCCAUUCUGAGCGUCCUGCCGCUUGUGAAGAUCAUGCCCAUCUGGCUAGAAGUCAUCCUAUGUGUUUUUGCACCAUACGCCUUCUCUGUUGGGAUCACACAGAGCGUAAAUACGGAAAUGGACCUCCAGGGUGUCUUCUUCUCAGACAUUGCUGAAGACUCGUCCUUCCUCUUGAGCAGCUACAUCAGCCUCCUGCUGGACUCCGGACUCUACCUCCUUCUCACAUUGUACUUCGAGAAGAUUCUAGCAGAUAAACAUGGCUGGAGGCACGAGCCACUGUUCUUCCUGCGAUCGUCUUACUGGUCAGGAAGGAAAAAGACCCCAAUCUCAUCAUAUCGUGAAGAAAGAGAGCGGGCGGGCAUUGGGGAUUACAUAGAGGAGGUCUCAGCUGAACUACAAGGAAAAGAGGCCAUCAUGAUUAAUAAAGUUAAUAAAAUCUACAGCGGCAAAGACAAGAAGACGGAAGCUUUAAGAGGUCUGGAUCUGGAUGUGUAUGAGGGGCAGAUCACAGCUCUUCUGGGUCACAGCGGAGCUGGGAAGACAACGUUACUGAAUAUUCUGAGCGGGAUGAGCACAGCGACCAGUGGCUCAGUCUCCAUCUACAACAAUCAUCUCUCAGAUAUCCAGGACCUGGAGCAGAUACAGAGAAGAAUCGGAUUCUGUCCACAGUUUGACAUCAAAGUCGACCACCUGACAGUUCGAGAAAACCUGGAACUGUUCUCCAGGAUCAAGGGAAUUGCUGCCAGAGAUGUGGGCCCCGAGGUGAUGAAAGUUCUCUCCGACCUUCACAUGAUCUACAUCCAGGAUGUGGAGGCCAACAAACUGAGCGGCGGGCAGAGACGGAAGUUGACCCUUGCAGUCGCUUUACUGGGGAACCCUGAGGUUCUUCUACUAGAUGAGCCCACGGCCGGCUUGGACCCGUUCUCCAGACACCGUGUGUGGGCCAUACUAAAGGAGCGCAAAUCUGACCGGGUCACGCUGUUCAGCACGCAGUUCAUGGAUGAGGCCGACAUCCUCGCUGACCGCAAGGCCGUCCUCAGCAAGGGAGGCUUAAAAUGUGUGGGAUCCUCCUUGUUUCUGAAGAGGAAGUGGGGAAUUGGCUAUCACUUAAGGAUGCAGGUGUCGCCUUCUUGUAAACCUGAAGCCAUCACUUCAGUCAUAGAAGAACACAUCUCCAGCGCCAGACUCAGCACUCAGAACGUGGAGGACCUCACAUUCACCCUGCCCUUUGACCAGAUGGACUCAUUUCCAGCUCUGUUCUCUCACCUGGAUGAACGUGUGGGCGCGGACAUCAGGAGUUACGGGGUGUCCAUUACAACGCUGGACGACGUCUUUCUGAAACUGGAGGGAGAGGAGGAGAUUGAGAAAAGCGAUUAUGGUGUUUUUGCUCGAUCCGACCAAAAUGAAGAUGAAAUCACAGACUUGGCCUCCGAGAUGGAGGACUCUGUGAUGCUGAUGUCAGAUUCGGGCAGCGUUACCCUUCAUGGACUGGCGCUUUGGAGACAGCAGGUGAUUACAAUGGCGAGGAUCCGCUUCCUGAAACUAAAGCAUGACAUGAAAGGCUUCCGAUCCAUAUUGGUCCUCCUGUUCCUAUUCCUCUUACCCCUGAUAACUACAGCCAUAUUGGUGGACUCCCUGCAGACAAUUCACAGCUGGAAACUUUCUCCAGACCUUUAUUACCGAGGACCCGGACAUCGAGCGCACAAAUAUUUCUCCAGUCUCUUGGUCAAUAACAACACAGGUGCGCCCAUCGAAGAGUUUGUCAAUGGUAUAAAGGAACAAGAUGUUUUGGUGGAAGUUAUCGAUGGUCCUUACAACAUGAACACUACAGGCUACAAUGGCGCUAUCGAGCUGUCACUGCAGAAUAAGAGUUACAACUUCAUGAUCAUUGGGAAUCCCCGAGUGCAGAAUGGACUGCCUGUCCUGGUGAAUAUUAUCAGUAAUGCCUUCCUGAAGAGCUUCAGAUCCACAGAGAAGAUCCAGACCUGGACUAAGUCCUUCAGUUUAGGUGGGAAUGACCAUUUUUACACUCUUCUACUUGUAAGCCUCUCCUUAAUGAUUUUUGCAUCGGGUCUUGCCCCGCACUUUGCGAUGAGCAGUGUCCAGGACUAUAAGAUCAAGGCUCGUUCUCAGCUCCGGGUCUGCGGCCUCUUCCCGUCUGCAUACUGGUGCGGACAGGCCUUGGUGGACAUUGCUCUGUACUGGCUGCUGCUCUUCCUGAUGGUCACCAUAUUGUUUGCAUUCAACUACAGAAUAAUGUUUUCAUUUUCGAAAGUUGCGCUGCUGAUACUGGAAAUCCUCGUCUAUGGCGCUUCCAUCAUUCUUUACGUUUAUUUAAUCGCCUUCAUCUUUAGAAAAGGAAAAAUUCAUACAGAUCGAUGGUCGUUUUUAUUCAUCAUUUUAUCGAAUUUUAUCCAGCCUAUGUCAGGAUUAUUCUUAUCGGGUUAUCUUGGUCUAUACGUCAUCUUCAUGUUCUUGGUGCCUACCUCUACCUUAGGAGCCUUUUUAGUGUAUUUGGGUUUCUUGUUCUUCUUGUUUUCUGAGGAGUCUGACUCGAAAUUGUCUCUUUAUUUGUUAAUGCCAUGCAUUCACAUUCUCUUAUUUUGGGGACUUCUCUGGUUUUUGGAAUGGAAAUUUGGAACAAGAUGCCUGAAAACGGAUCCUAUAUUCAGAUUUUCUCAAAGAAAACAUAAAUUUAUAGAGAACCCAGAAGAGCUGGAGGACGCUGAUGUAGAAGUCCUUGCCGAGAGAGAAAGGGUUAAAAACCUGAAGAACACAACAAAUGUGGAAGACAAGCCGACCAUCAUAGUUGACAGUCUGCGCAAGGAAUUUAAGGACAAAUCAGGAACUUUCUCCUGUAGGAAAGGACAGAAGAAAGUGGCUGCCAGAACCGUGUCCUUCUGUGUCAAUAAGGGUGAAGUUCUGGGAUUACUGGGGCCCAAUGGAGCUGGGAAAACCACCUCCAUAUUAAUGUUGGCUGGGGAACUGAAACCUACAGCUGGGGAGGUAGUUCUGUGCAGCGGGGAAGACUCUGAUAAACCUGAUGCCAGCGCUGCCUUCAUGGGGUACUGCCCGCAGUUUAACCCACUGUGGCCCACUCUUACUGUGAAUGAACAUCUGGAGAUCUAUGCCGCCGUGAAGGGCAUGAAAAAAGCUGAUGCAGAGCAAGCCAUAAAGCGGGUGUCAGAGGCGCUGGAACUGAGACAACAUCUAAAUAAGCCGGCCAAGAAAUUGUCUGCAGGGGUAUCUAGAAAAGUUUGCUUCGCCAUCAGCAUGCUGGGUAAUCCGACCAUCGCGCUCCUGGAUGAACCUUCCACCGGUCUGGAUCCCAAAGGGCAGCAGAGACUGUGGAGAGCCAUCCGAGCAGCCUUCCGGAACAAGGAGCGAGGCGCCAUCCUGACCACUCACUACAUGGAGGAGGCAGAAGCCGUAUGUGACCGUGUCGCCAUUAUGGUGUCCGGGAAGCUUAGAUGCAUCGGCUCCAUCCAGCAGCUGAAGAGUAAGUUUGGUAAAGGUUACCUCCUGGAGAUGAAGGUGAAGGAUUCCCAGCAGGUGGAUGAGAUUCACCAGGAGAUCAUCCGCAUCUUCCCGCAGGCAGACAGACAGGACAGGUUCUCCUCACUGCUGCACUAUAAGAUCCCUAUGGAGAAUGUCCAGUCCUUAUCUAAGGCCUUCUCUCAACUGGAGGAGGCAAAACGCGCCCAUGACAUUGAGGAGUACAGCUUCUCCCAGUCCACCCUGGAGCAGGUUUUCCUUGACUUGGCCAAAGAGCAGGAGAAGGACGACUAUGACCAGGAUGCCAUGUUCAAAUGGACGCCCCUAAAGACUGAGAGCAUUUGACAAACCAUCAGGACAUGCUAAGACUUGUAGUACCAUCACAGCUGAACAGCCCCAGGGUGCAAAAGGGGACUGUGUAGCCAUAUAUGUCGGGAGAUGUAAAGGGUUAAAGGAAACCUGUCACAGUGAAGAUACAGUCCAACCUGCAGACAGCAUGUUAUAGACUUUUUGAGCUUAGAUUUCCAACUACUCUCGGUCCUAUUGAGUUCCUUGUAAAAAAAAAAAACUGUCUCUGCACGUAGUGGAAGUCUCACGUCCCCUGAAUGCCAUCUUAUACACGGGAAACAAACGCCCAGUGGUAACUUCAGGGUGACCUACCUCGCCCAACGUACGUUUCACACUCAGGCGUCUUCAGUUCUGGGUAAAGCCACCUGAGUGCGAAACACAUGCUCAGUAAGGCAUUGAGAAAACUAUUGCAGAGAAGAUCAGAAGGAUCUGAGUUUACAUUGAUUUAUAGUUUUAGUGGAAAAGAUUUAAAUCCCUGCACAUUUUGGGAUUAGGAGUCCAGUGGGUGGAAUAGGCAGGGAUUUACAUGAAUAAAUGACAUGUUCCACUAUUUCUUUAUACACACAACCAUAUAUCAAUCUGCACAGCUCCUCCAGCUCUACAAUAUGUGUCUGGCAGAUUGAACUUCAUGUUUAACAUCACAGGUACCCUGUGUAUACAUAAAGAGGAUCACUACAAUUUCAUUCAGGCAUCGGGAACACCCAAAUGGAAAUCACUCCACGAUCGCCAGGUCUAACACCCUGUGACUUUUUUCUGUGGGGCUGCAUCAAGGACUCAGGAUCUAAACAACCUGAGACAACUUAUCACUGAAACAGAGGAGUCCAUACCCUAGGAAAUACUGGAGGCAUCUGGACAGAACUGGACUACCACCUAGAUAUCUGCUGUGCCACCAAUGGAAAACAUUGAGAACAUCUGUAGUGUACACAUAAAACUUCGGUAUAUAGAGCUUCUUCUCAUGUUUAUAAAUUUGUGUCAUCUUCUCUCGGUUAUGAAUCACCAGACAAUAAUUCUGUACCAUCCUUUCAAAUCCCCCUGGAUUAUUAACUGUUACAUUGUAUCCUCUUAUCACAUUAUACAUUGUAUCUUCUCAUUACAUUGUAUCCUCUCAUCACAUUAUACAUUGUAUCUUCUCAUUACAUUGUAUCCUCUCAUCACAUUAUACAUUGUAUCUUCUCAUUAUAUUGUAUCCUCUCAUAACAUUAUACAUUGUAUCUUCUCAUUACAGUGUAUCCUCAUCACAUUAUACAUUGUAUCUUCUCAUUACAGUGUAUCCUCUCAUCACAUUAUACAUUGUAUCUUAUCAUUACAGUGUAUCCUCUCAUAACAUUAUACAUUGUAUCUUCUCAUUACAUUGUCUCCUCUCAUAACAUUAUACAUUGUAUCUUCUCAUUACAGUGUAUCCUCUCAUAACAUUAUACAUUGUAUCUUCUCAUUAUAUUGUAUCCUCUCAUAACAUUAUACAUUGUAUCUUCUCAUUACAGUGCCUCCUCUCAUAACAUUAUACAUUGUAUCUUCUCAUUACAGUGUAUCCUCAUCACAUUAUACAUUGUAUCUUCUCAUUACAUUGUCUCCUCUCAUCACAUUAUACAUUGUAUCUUCUCAUUACAUUGUAUCCUCUCAUAACAUUAUACAUUGUAUCUUCUCAUUACAUUGUCUCCUCUCAUAACAUUAUACAUUGUAUCUUCUCAUUACAUUGUAUCCUCUCAUAACAUUAUACAUUGUAUCUUCUCAUUACAUUAUACAUUGUAUCUUCUCAUUACAUUGUAUCCUCUCAUAACAUUAUACAUUGUAUCUUCUCAUUACAUUAUACAUUGUAUCUUCUCAUUACAUUGUCUCCUCUCAUCACAUUAUACAUUGUAUCUUCUCAUUACAUUGUAUCCUCUCAUAACAUUAUACAUUGUAUCUUCUCAUUACAUUGUAUCCUCUCAUAACAUUAUACAUUGUAUCCUCUCAUUACAUUAUACAUUGUAUCUUCUCAUUACAUUAUACAUUGUAUCUUCUCAUUACAUUGUCUCCUCUCAUAACAUUAUACAUUGUAUCUUCUCAUUACAGUGUAUCCUCUCAUAACAUUAUACAUUGUAUCUUCUCAUUACAUUGUCUCCUCUCAUAACAUU